AUGACUUCUAAUUUUUCUUUUCAGAUGUUACAACGACUUCUGAUAUUACUUUUACCACUGCCAUUAUGCUAUGGAUUACUCUGCUACUACUGUGGAGUGUUCCUCAUAGCAUCCGCUCCGCAAUGCCGUGGUAAACCGAAAAAUAUCUCAUGUGAUCCUGAUAGUUAUGGUUGUAUGAGUUUAACAGGAGAAAAUUUGGAUGGGACGUACUACGUGGAAAAACGCUGUGCAGCAAAGAAUGAUGAUCGGACGGUUGGCUGUACUGAGAUCGAUUUACGUGGGUGGGUUUCUCAUUUCUGUUACGCAAAAAUCAGGGGCGGUUUUGAAAUUUAA